GUUCUUCGAUAAUAACUCGCAGUCUGACAGUCCCGGGGUCUUUCAGUUUAUGAAAGUAAAUUUAGUUCCACUUUGAGCAUUCGUCCACACGCACUUGCUGUGAUUUAUAUUCGCUUGCUGUUAUGAUUAUCUAUAUUUUUCUAACCCUUGCGAUAACAUCGCAAAUUUGCGGAUUCAAUCCGGACAUCGAUGAUGUUCCGAUGGUUAGUUUGCCCAAUUUGGGCAUCCUACAGGGUACGACCACAACUAGCGCUUUUAGUGGUCGCAAAAUUUUUCAAUUUCUGAGUGUUAAAUACGCCGAAACAACCUCCGGUGAGCAUCGGUUCAAGCCUCCACGGAAAGCACCUGGCUGGGAAGGAAUCCGGAGUGUGAGCAGGUACGGUUUACCCUGUCCCCAGUUGAGAUUGAUCACGCAGUUUUCAACACGACAAUUCGCCCCAGAUGUGGAAGAUUGUUUGACGCUAUCUGUGCACACGGGCAAUCUCACGUCUAAAAAUCCGGUCAUGUUCUUCAUCCACGGUGGAGGUUUCUACGAUGGCUCGGAUGCUAAUCAUACACCCGAGUUCUUGCUGGAAAAAGAUAUCGUUCUGGUGGUGGUUCAGUACAGACUUGGUCCGUUGGGAUUUGCGUCGCUCAAAACCGAAGGCAUACCGGGAAACAUGGGCUUAAUGGACAUCGGGCUGGCUCUGGAGUGGGUCCAGGAUAAUAUCGUGCACUUUGGAGGGGACCCUACGAACGUUACGGUGUUUGGGGAGUCUGCGGGCGCGGCGGCGAUUUCAGCGUUGAUGUACAGUCCGCGCAUCGCGGAAGGUUUGUUCCACAGGGUGAUACUACAGUCGGGCGCUUCCAGUGCGCCGUGGGUUUGGGAUAAGGACCCGGUUGAACAUGUGAGAGAGAUAGCUGCUAUUGCGGGUUGUGAUCCGAAGGCGGGGAAAAAUCAUACGAAUGUGAUGCCUCUCCUGGAAGCCGAGCGCUGCUUUCGUAGCCUGGAUGUAUGGACACUGUUGCGGAGUUACCAUUCCCAUGAUAUGCACACAACUGCAACUAGAAGCGUGACGGACGUCGGGGGCAGUCGACUUGUGGUGGGGGACUUUCAUGGGUACCUUCCGCAAACACCAUGGGAGCUGAUUAAAGAUGGUAAAAUUCGUCGAAAUAUUUCAAUGAUGGCCGGAGUGGUGAAACACGAGGGAACGUUCCUACUGACGGUUAUUUACGAUGCGCUAAAAGCUAUGAACCGUCUAGAUGACCCAUACUAUACCAAGUAUAAAAUGUUAGAAACAGUGAACAAGAUUCUGGGCGUUGAUGACCCGACUGGAAUGUUAGUCGGGUAUCAGGUUAGAUCUCUAUUCAGUACGGAACAAUUAUCGAGUGGGAAGUUCGAAGAAAUGGUCGAUGGAUUAACUGAUCUCGCCGGAGCAGCUCUGAUCAAGGCACCGCUGCUUCGAGAAGCUCAAGCAAACAGUGUUGUCAAUCCGAAUGGAACCUUCCUAUAUUCGUUCGAAUACCGCGGUCAACAAACACGGUUCGGAUUCGGAGCGAACACAUCCCACUAUCCGUUCGAUGGUGGAGUUCAUCAUGAGGAUGACUUGUUGUAUUUAUUCCCCUCUCCUGGAGAGCCGGAGCUGAACGAGGAAGACACCAAGAUGGCUAAAUUGAUGGUGGACCUGUGGACAAGCUUCGCCGCAACUGGGGUUCCGUACAGCUCGGCCCUCGGUGUAAAAUGGGAGGCAAUGAAAGAUUACGCCGGACCGUAUCUACACAUCGACGGAAAACCGCGGCUGGGAGCGAACUUCUACGAGGAAUUCACCGUGGCCAGCGAUGAGAAGAAACGACCUGGGGGCGUGUAAUGCGAGAGGCAUUUGUCCCAUUUUCUCAGGCCAUCACCGAUAAUGAUCCGAAAAUCCUAAUUAGCGUGCAAACAAAAUAACACGUUUCUCGAAUGUUUUUCUUUGUCGUUGUUCUUUCUUGGCCCCGAAUAAAC